AUGGUUGCAUCAGCUUCAGAGAGUACGUUCGCAGAGGAAUACUACAACCUCCGCUCGGAGAGAGUGACUCAGAUUCUUGUCUCCAACUCGACGCCUGACUCAGUGAGUCACGAGAGCAAAACAGAGCAAAACGAGAAAUCGAAGAAGACUAAACCGGUUAAAGAUUCCGGCAAACACCCGGUUUAUCGCGGCGUGAGGAUGAGGAAUUGGGGAAAAUGGGUGUCGGAGAUUCGUGAGCCGAGGAAGAAGUCGCGUAUCUGGCUCGGAACCUUCCCGACGCCGGAGAUGGCGGCCCGUGCGCACGACGUGGCGGCUCUUAGUAUAAAAGGAACCUCCGCCAUACUAAACUUCCCUGAACUCGCUGAGUCAUUCCCUCGGCCCGUCUCGCUAAGCCCUAGAGACAUUCAAACCGCAGCUCUCAAAGCCGCACACAUGGAACCAACGACGUCGUUUUCCUCGUCGCAGUCUUCUUCUCCUUCGUCAUCUUCUUCGCUUGAUUCUCUCGUGUCAGUGAUGGACCUCUCGAGGACUGAGUCGGAGGAGCUUGACGAGAUCGUGGAGCUUCCAAGGCUCGGAGCGAGUUACGACGUGGACAUUGGGAGCGAGUUUGUUUACUCUGACUCAAUGGACUACUGUUUAUAUCCUCCGCCGUGGGGACAGUGGUCGGAAGAAAGCUACGGAGUUAUCCCUAAUUUCAACCAAGGCUUAUCAUGGGAUCUCUAA